GAGAGAGACUUCUUUUCUGCGAAAUCUCAAAGCUUGGAGCAAGGGAAUUAGGUUAUUUUUUGGGGGGGGGUUUGAUUUUGAGGUAAAUUAGGGUUUUUUUUGGGUGUGGGAGAGAGAUGUAUAUAGGUUCUAGGCUAAAGUCUUUCAAGGACUCUCUUAAAGUGCUAGAAGCUGAUAUUCAACAUGCCAACACUCUGUGCAGGGCUUCGGAUUUUCCAAGGGAAUAUGAUGGGGCAUGCCUUCAAAUGAGAAUGUCAUACAGUCCAGCUGCACAUCUGUUCUUAUUCUUGGUGCAGUGGACUGAUUGUCACCUUGCAGGUGCCCUUGGACUGUUAAGAAUCCUAAUUUACAAGGUUUAUGUGGAUGGAACUACCACGAUGUCUACGCAUGAAAGGAAAGCAAGCAUAAGAGAGUUCUAUGCUGUUAUCUAUCCAUCUUUACUGCAACUUCAGAGGGGUGUCACUGAUGCUGAAGAUAAAAAACAGAAAGCAGUGUGCAUGGAAAGAUACCGAAGAAAUGAAGAUGAGUAUAGGCAACUUACUGAUGUUGAUGUGGAAAGGGAACAAGAAUGUGGAAUAUGCAUGGAGUUGAACAGUAAAAUCGUGCUGCCGAACUGUACUCACGCCUUGUGUUUGAAAUGUUACCAUGAUUGGCGGGCAAGAUCACAGUCUUGCCCCUUCUGUCGUGAUAGUCUAAAGAGAGUCGACUCGGGGGAUCUCUGGGUAUAUACCGACAGCCGGCAUAUAAUCGACGUGGCCACAGUGACAAGGGAGAAUCUUAGAAGGCUUUUCAUGUAUGUAGAUAAAUUGCCACUAAUCGUCCCUGAUACCAUUUUCGAUACUCAAGAUUCCCACCUAAGGUGAUCAAGUACAUUCGAAUACAUAUGUGCCGUCGGAGUAUUUAGUGUGCAAUUUAUGUUGAUUACAUAAAGUCCGAACCACUCGAUUCGGAAAAUCUAGUUUAGGUCAGCUACUGCAAUGGUUUCCAUGCCCAAGUUAUUGUUGGGCUGACGCUGAAGUUGAUAUAGGAGCCCUUAAAAGCUGUAUUUACAACAUUUGUACAUGCUUGUAUAGCCUAAUGCUUGAUGAUAAGAAUCAUCCGCUAAUCUUGUAUGCUUUUCACUACAAUUUUCUGCAUUUGAGGUACAAAAUCAAUGGAAUUUCUGAGUUUCUUUC